ACCUUAAACCCACUCCAAUGAAAUGAAAUGAAACAACACCACCACCUUUGAUUGCGCAGCAAUUUCAUCUUAGGAACACAACUCUUAACUUUUACGAUGAAUCGCAUGAAGGCAAUUUCCUCUUCCCUCAGAUUCCUCAACUCAUCACUCGCUACCCGAGUCAUUGCAACUCGGAACCAGGUGACUCACUUCUCUUCUCCCUCUAUCUCACUCCCCUUUUUCAAUCGCUCACACGAUUCAUCACCUUCUCACAACACUCAUCAAAAACUCUACUUUUCUUCCAAACCAAACUCCAUUUUAGAGCUUGUUUUCUCAAACGAUUGGUCAGAAGAGGUAGAGAAGGAGUUAGAAAAUCGUCGUCAAUCGUUAACCCAUGAAACUGUUGUUUACGUUUUGAAGCGAUUGGAUAGAAACCCCAUUAAAGUUUUUUCCUUUUUCAAUUGGGUCACUGAGAGAGAAUGGUUUAUGUCAAGUUCUUCACUUUAUAGCUUAGUUCUUAGGGUUUUAGCGAGGAAUAAAAAGAUGAAAGAGUUUUGGAUUACUCUUAGGACUAUGAAGGAGAAAGGGUUUUACCUUGAUGAAGAGACCUAUGUGACAAUUUCAACAGGUUUUAAAAAGGAAAAACUGAAUAGUGAUGUUUCAGCUCUAACGCAUUUCUACAAUGGCAUGAUUCACCAAAAUGCUAUGCAGAGUGUUGUCAAAAAGGUUGUUGGUAUCAUUUUAGGGUCUGAUUGGAAUGAUGAUGGUGAUGAUGGUGGUGAUAAGGUUGAGAAUGAACUUGCUAAGGUUAAGAUUCAGCUUUCGGAUAAUUUCGUGAUUAGGGUUUUUAAAGAGGUUCGAAGUUCACCUUUAAAGGCUUACAAGUUCUUUCAUUGGGUUGGGAAGCAAUCUGGUUAUCAGCAGAAUACAGUGACUUACAAUGCAGUUGCUAGAGUUCUUGCUAGGAUGGAAUCGAUUGAGGAGUUUUGGAGUGUUCUUGAGGAGAUGAAGAGUGUAGGUCAUGAAUUGGAUCUCGAUACUUACAUAAAGAUAUCGAGGCAGCUUCAAAAGAAUAGGAUGAUGGAGGAUGCUGUGAAGCUUUACGAGCAUAUGAUGGAUAGUUCAUAUAAGCCGUCGGUUUCUGAUUGUGUUAUACUUUUAAAGAGCAUCUCUGGAAGCGAUAAGCCGGAUUUGGAUUUAGUGUUUAGGGUAGCUAAGAAAUUUGAGUCAGGAGGGUAUACACUUUCCAAGGCUGUAUAUGAUAGUAUCCACAGGUCUUUGACAAGUGCCGGGAGAUUUGAUGAAGCUGAGAAAAUUGUUGAGACCAUGAAAAACGCUGGCUAUGAGCCGGAUAACAUCACGUACAGUCAAAUUAUUUUCGGUCUUUGUAAGAUGAGGAGGUUUGAAGAGGCGCACAAGGUAAUCGAGGAGAUGCAGGCUUGCGAUUGCAGGCCUGAUAUCAAGACUUGGACCAUCUUGAUCCAAGGGUACUGUGAUGCCGGUGAACUAGACAAUGCGUUACUUACUCUCUAUAAGAUGAUGGAACAGAAUGGUGAUGUGGAUGCUGAUUUGUUGGAAGUUCUGGUUGACGGUUUUCUUACUCAAAAGAGAAUAGACGGUGCGUACAAGCUGCUUCUAGAGAUAACUGGUAGGUGUUCCGUAUGUCCAUGGCAAGCUACAUUCAAGAAACUGAUUCAAAGUCUAUUAGGAGUCAGAAUGUUUGAGGAGGCACUUGUUCUUCUUCGUUUGAUGAAAGCUAAAAAUUACCCUCCAUACCACGAACCAUUUGUGUCGCAUAUUUCGAAGUUUGGUACCUUGGAGGAUGCUGCGGAAUUCCUAAAGGUUUUGAGUAUAAAAAGUUACCCAUCUCAUAAUGUUUACCUUCAAAUUUUUGAAUCCUUAUUUCAAGAAGGUAGACAUUCAGAGGCCAAAGAUCUAUUGUACAAGAGUCCUCACCACAUCCGGAAGCAUAGUAAAAUCUGCGAACUAUUUGGUUCAUCGGAGAGUCAGACGUCCAAGAGUCAGACGGCAGAGACCCAGAUAGCUUCUAAUUGAUUCCUGACUAUUAUCAAGCUGUUAAGGGGUGCUUGGUGCUUGUCAAACUAAGAUUGUUUUGCUGUGGUUAGAAGAUUUCCACUGAUUUAUAUAUGUAAGGAGGUAUUUUGUGGCAAUUAAACGAAUCAAUAUAAGAGAGAAAGGAGAGUUGGGAAAAUCUAGUAGAACUCUUUCUGGAGUCUCUUUGUGGCCAUUUUCAUUAGAUUUUUCGUGAUAUGAGUUUCUAGGGUGGUAAUGGUUCCAGCUUUUCCAUUUUUUUAUUUAAUGAGGGGAUGGAUGUAUGUUGACUAGACUCCUUGUGACAUGCUUAUGAUUUCAUACAAGAAUUCUUAACGAAAUUGUCAAUCAAACUCUUAUCACUAUUAUAUUUAUUUUCUCAUAACCAUAAAUGAGUUGAGUAUGUUAGGAAAAGAGUUUUCAAUGGAGAUAGUGAAGGAUGCUUUGUUUUUGAUGGAUAACUUCAAAGCUCCUGCUCGUCUGGAAGGUUUUCACCCCCUUCAAGAAAAACUGGAAUAUUAUUGGUUCUUCAAUCUUUGAUGAAGUUGUCCCAUGAAAAACUUCUUACUAAUGUCAAAAGGAAGCGUCGUGGCAUAAGAGAUAUUAACUUUUUCUAAAGUUGUAUGCAAAUCGCUGAGACUAUUGAGACCAUUAUGCAUGCUCUUAGAGAUUAAUAGAUUAUGACACAAUUAAAGAUUUUUGGAAUGCAUCUAUUAUUAUGCAGGACGAUAUUUGCGUUUUUUUUUUAGUCUUAUAUUAUCGGGGCAGCAGGUGAAUUUCAAUCUUCAUUUGUCACCCAUUAGUACUAAUUAAUGGAAUUUCCCCACUCUCUUUGGUAUCUUGACAAAUUUGAUAUGGCAAGAUAGAAACCAAUAAGUUUUUUCAGGGACUUUGCUUACCACUAAGUUAUUUCUGAGUAAUCUUCGAAGGUACCUAACCUAAAUUAUGUUUAUUAUCGUCUUUUCCUUUAUCCUUCCUAGAGUUGUCAAAAUCGGCUCGGCCCAUCGGGCCGGUCCAUAAGCCCUACAAUUUAGUGUGGACCGGGCUGCAAAAUACCUUUAAAACACAACCCUAUCUUUUUGGGCCGGCCUAUCGGGCCUAUGUUUUUAUGGGCUGGGCCGGGCCAAGCGGGCUUCGGGCUGACCCAUUAAAAUAAUAUUUUGGUAAAUUUUGGAGAAAAAAGAUUGAGAUAAGAUAUGAUUUCAUAAAUGUGGUUUCAAGUGAUAAAGAAAAAUUAAAGAGGAUGAAGAUAUAUUUUCAAGAUGAUGUGAUCAAGGAAAUGAUUGUGA